CAAAAAAAGGAAAAUAAAAAGAAACGAGGAAAAGCAUAAAAAAAGGAGGGCGAAAAAAAAAAAAACAAAAAUUGGAAGCACGUGUAGUUUAACAAAGCAUACAUACGGACGGUUCCUAGUAUUUUUGCAUUCUUGCGCUUAUGCAUAUUUAUAUGUAUGAUGAGCACGAACGUGUGUGUAUGUGGCUGUGUAUAUUGUGUGCGUGUGUGUGUGUGUGUGCUUGCGUCCAAGUGUCCCAGUGAGAAUGCAUGUCUGCAAUAAAAAGUAAUAAAACACAACAAAUUAUAAUUAACAUCCUGGCUUUUGUUAAAUACAUUUGCAUACACAACUCCAUCAAGACCCACGCCCGAUAAAAUAAACUAUUUUUCCUGUUAUUCUAUUAAAUACCUAAAACUGUUGCUCCUGCCUGCCCUUCGAACCGCAAUAAUAAUAAUAAAAAUAAUAAAAACAACAACUAACUAGUACUACUACUGCUGCUGCUGCUGCCCUGUGGGAAACUUAACCAACUAAAAUUACACAAUUAUGCACACAUAUGCGCUCCUCGUUCAUUGUGUACAUUAUACGUCUGCUACGUAAUUUACAAUUUUAACAUAUUGCCGCUGCUUAUACUGCCGCUAUACAGUUGAAACAACAACACUAUGGAUUUAACUUGCCCGCAAUUGUCUUCAACUAUAAUAUGGACUUUUUUAUUUUUCAUGAUAUAUUUUAUAACACAUACAACAUCGACACGUGCUCGUGUUACACCCACGGCUAUGACACGUAACAUAGAAGAGGAAAACGUUAAAUAUCUCCUGGAAGGACCACCGGUUAUGGCCGAGUCUAUACAGGGCACUAUAGCCCGACUGCCUUGUAAUGUGACCCCACCGCUUUUGGAUGAUCGCGUGGCCUUAGUUAUUUGGUAUAAAGUAGGCUCAAAGACACCCAUCUACAGUGUCGAUACACGCGAGUCCAAUUUUUCCCAUGGUACUCAUUGGUCAGACGAAGCAUAUCGUGAACGUUUGUCAUUUACUUUGGAAGGUCGCACGGGGACAUUGGCAAUUAAAACGACACAUCAAGAGGAUACCGGCGAAUAUAGAUGUCGCGUAGAUUUCCAGAAGAGUCCGACACGUAAUUCAAAAGUCAAUUUAACGGUUAUCAUACCACCCGAAUCAAUUAUAAUAUUGGAUAGCAAAGGAGCUACGAUAAAGGAUCAUACGUUGGGUCCUUACAACGAAGGUGCCAUGAUUAAUAUCACAUGUGUUGCCAUAGGUGGUCAACCGCAACCGCGCGUUACCUGGUGGCAUGAAACAACAUUGCUCGAUAGCUCAUCACAUGCUUUAUCAGAUCGUCGUGUGGGUAAUGUGCUGUCAUUGGGUAAAUUGAAACGAAAAAAUCUCCAUAUGCAACUAACCUGCCAAGCAGCCAAUAAUAAUCUAACGGUACCAAUUACGAAUACCGUCACACUGGAUAUGAACCUACGACCAUUGCUGGUGAAAUUGCAAGGAGAAAAUCGCCCUUUAUCGGCGGACAAUUCAUAUCAAUUAAGCUGUGUUGUUAUUGGUUCCCGGCCGGCACCGACUAUUACUUGGUGGAAGGGUAGCACACCCAUGAAAAAUACUCAUGAAAUUGCUAAUCCUGAUGGCAAUAUGACCACAUCAAUAUUAACGUUUACGCCGACCAUCGAUGAUCGCGGCAAGUAUUUAUCUUGUCGCGCUGAACAGACAAUGAUACCCGAGAGUGGUAUGGAGGAUGGCUGGAAGCUCGAUAUUUACCAUAUACCAGUGGUAAGCUUGGAAUUGGGUACUAAUUCGAUGAACUCUACUCUACGGGAAGGUAUUGAUGUUUUCUUUGAAUGCAAUAUCAAAUCGAAUCCUUGGAUUAGUAAAGUUAGUUGGCGUCAUAAUGGCAAUAUAUUAGAAAAUAAUAUUGCCGAAGGUAUCAUAGUGGCGAACCAAAGUUUGGUCUUACAGAACGUUAGCCGAGCACGCAGCGGCAUCUAUACAUGUGUAGGCAGUAAUCCGGAGGGUGACGGUGAAAGCAAUCCAGUGCAUUUGGAUAUACGUUUUGCACCCGUAUGCCGGCAGAGCCAACGUUUUAUGUAUAGUACGGGACGACAUGAAACGGUUAAAAUCGCCUGUGAGAUUGAAGCAAAUCCAGCGGAAGCAGCAUACGUGUGGAAAUUCAAUGCAACACUUGGCGAGACAAUCGAUAUACCGGCAUCUCUAGUAGUCAUCGAUCGUGGACGCAGCAUAGCACAUUAUACACCGAUGACAGAAAAUGAUUACGGAACGUUAUUAUGUUGGGCCAGUAAUGAAAUCGGAGAUCAAAGUGAGCCUUGCGUUUAUACCAUUACCCCAGCAGGUGAACCAGAUCCUUUGAUAAAUUGCACUUUGCUCAAUCAAACUUCGACUGGCUUUCAAAUUGAGUGUAUGGAAGGCUUUGAUGGCGGUCUGCAGCAAGACUUUAUUAUGGAAGUUUAUGUAAAUGGUACAACACGGCAUCCGAAAAUCUACAAAUCAAAUACACCAUACUUUGAGGUACGUGGCUUAAUACCGGGAGCGGGUUACAAUGUUUUCCUUAUCGCUCAUAACAGCAAAGGACGCAGUAAUGCUACCAUAUUGCAAGUGUACACAUUAAAGGAUCCCGAAAAACAAACCGUUAUAAUAACCUACAAAAAAUCCUUUGUUAACACAACCAUUGAAAGAAUAUCAAAUGAUUUCCUAAUUCCUUUAAAUAUAACACACACUCAGACUAGUAAAAAGCAAAAUCUGUCUUUGGCUUAUGCUCCCGUGAUAGAGGAUAUACGCCCUUUUCUGGGCAUAUUGGUGGGCAUUGUGGGCAGCAUUGUCUUAGUGGCAUUGAUUAUUGUGAUAAUUGUGCGUAUGCGCGGUUCUACCGGACGUGACCGCAAUAAUUACACUCAUGGCCAUACUACAACAACUACCACAACCACGACAGCGACAACGCAGGGACAUCGUCAUAAUAAUACGGGCUUGAAUGGUUUACAUAACGGCAGUGACAUACACGUGGGGAGGGGUAAUUGCCAUGUUACAAGCAGUUUGGAUAGCAUUGACAAAAAUCCCGAUAUUAUACCACAUGAUGGUCACGACGAAGACGAUGAAUGGACUACCUCGACUAUACAUAAUCAUGCUUAUGCUACGGCUGCAUUAGCCGAACAAAAUGCUGUCAUCACAUCAUCAACAUAUGAUCACAUAGUACCUACGUAUGCGGUGGUCGAUAAAAAAUCCCAACAACAGCAUAUGCAGCAGUUACAACAACAACAACAGCAACAACAGCAACAACAACAACAGACGGCUGCACAUCAUCACCCAUACGUUCAGUAUAAAACUCUGAUGCCCAUUAAUAAAAUGGCAGCUUAUGGCGGCCAGCAACAGCAGCAUAAACAACAACAACAACAACAACAAGCAAAUAAGACUGAUUUAACACAUGCCGAUUUAAUGGUCACGGCGGCUGGUCAACAACGUCUGGCUGCAUCCUAUUGCAGUGCAACACUGGGACGCCAUCGACAAGGUGACUUGAAACGUGCUGAGCCUAACAUAUACUCUCAGAUUGAUCUCGCCCAUCAUCCCAUGUACUCGACGAGUCCUAUGUUUGCUACGAAUACCAUCACUGGUGUCACAAUGUCACAUCCAUCACAAUUGGCCACUUUUACACCGCCACCAUCCAUAUUCGCACACAAGGUGCUGCACACAAACACACAAACCACUCAGCAACAGCAACAGCAGAUACAACACUCAGGCAAAAGCGGCGGUGGCGGAAGUGGUGAUGUCGGUCUAUUGCAAACAGCCGUAGGAGGUGUUUGCAUAGCCGGCAUACCAGCCACUCAUCAUAAUACACAAUCCAUCAUCUGCACGUCGCAGAAGAGACCACAAUCGCCUACAGCAGUGCCGGUGGCUGCAGCAGCCUCUUCCUCGUCUUCGUCCUUAUCAGCAACAACGUCAGCUUCGAAUUCCGCACUGCCAUCUUCAGCGACACUAUGCGGAGGGGGCGUCGGUAGUGGUGGUGGUGUACUUGCUCUACAAGGCAAUGGUAAUGUAGUCGGUGCCAACAGUAUGGGAAUCUCAGGUGUCUAUGCUAACGAAGCGACGACAAGCUCAACAGGACUGUUGAAAUCGGUACCCGAAGAGAUAUCCUAUCAUCAUCAGCAUCAUCAAAUGAAUGGCGAAAAGGUUCUAAUUACUCAAGAUCGUAAUCAUGUAACGCGUUUCUGACGAUAAAUUCAGGCGAUCGCCAUAAAACCACAAAAUGAACCUCAUGCCGCUACUACUGCUACCACAGCAACAACUACAAGAUUAAGAAGAAGAAUUAUGUCAUUAGAAUUGUAAGUUUAAAUCAACAGCAACAACAACAACAACAAAAACACAAAGAAAAAAAAAAACAA